AUGCCCGGCAAAGGCCAGCACCGCCAGAUACCUGCAUCCUUCCGGUCUCAGCGGCCUCCCAACUGGCCGCCUGAUAUGGGGCAGCGUGAUCUGUCCCCCCAACACACAUCGGCCCCCUCGUCCAGCGCAAGGCGCGCACACCAGCGCCCGGGCGCGCGCCACAACCACCGGCGCAAAAGGCGGCCAGCGCACGGCUCGUCGCCCACAUCUGCGGCGCCGUGUUUGCGCGGUCCACCUUCACCGACCUCCAGCCGCCCGCCUGACCCCGCGACAACACCACAGGUUUGCGCCCCCGCCCAUCAGCCGCAGCAACAGUCCAUCGUGGGUGGGCCGGUCUUGCCGGUGCCCCGCGUUGAGGUGGUGCCGACGCAGAUCACCGGCACCUCUGCGCGGCAGAUCGGCCGCUUUGGCCAGCGCCCGGGCUGUGGCUGCGCUCAGCGCCCCGAUCGGUUGCCAAAGCCGCGCCGCCAGCGUGGGAUUGUCGGGCCUGUGUGCCAAAACCGGGGCGCGCGCAUCAAUGUCACCUCGGCCAAAUCAAGCGUGUCGUGGAAAAUCAGUCCAUGA